AAUCUCUUUCCCGGCUCCUGGAGGCAAAGCGGAAAAAAUAACGACGCUUCGCGCGGCAGUGUGGGUGGGAGAAAUAAAGGGCUGAACAGACGAGGCCCUGCAGCGCUCGCGUACCCCAAAAUGGCUCGCAGGCAGGAGGAGCAGAGAGGGGGCGCGCCCUUGAUGGCAGAAGGCAAGUCGGACGCGGAGGUUAGGCUCAUUCUGUAUCACUGGACACAUUCUUUCAGCUCUCAAAAGGUGCGCUUGGUAAUUGCUGAAAAGGCAUUGAAGUGCGAGGAACAUGAUGUAAGUCUGCCCUUGAGUGAGCACAAUGAGCCUUGGUUUAUGCGUUUGAACUCAACUGGAGAAGUGCCUGUCCUUAUCCACGGGGAAAACAUUAUUUGUGAGGCCACUCAGAUCAUUGAUUAUCUUGAACAGACUUUCCUGGAUGAAAAAACACCCAGGUUAAUGCCUGAUAAAGGAAGCAUGUAUUACCCACGGGUACAACAUUAUCGAGAACUGCUUGACUCAUUGCCAAUGGAUGCUUAUACCCACGGCUGCAUUUUACAUCCUGAGCUAACUGUGGACUCCAUGAUCCCAGCUUAUGCAACCACACGGAUUCGCAGCCAAAUUGGUAACACAGAAUCGGAACUGAAAAAGCUUGCUGAAGAAAACCCAGAUUUACAAGAGGCAUACAUCGCAAAACAGAAGCGACUUAAAUCAAAGCUGCUUGACCAUGACAAUGUCAAAUAUUUGAAGAAAAUUCUUGAUGAAUUGGAGAAAGUCUUGGAUCAGGUUGAAACUGAGUUGCAAAGAAGAAAUGAAGAAACCCCAGAAGAGGGCCGCCAGCCUUGGCUCUGCGGAGAAUCCUUCACCCUGGCAGACGUUUCUCUUGCUGUCACAUUACAUCGACUGAAGUUCCUGGGGUUUGCGAGGAGAAACUGGGGAAAUGGAAAGCGACCAAACUUGGAAACCUAUUACGAACGUGUCUUGAAGAGAAAAACAUUUAACAAGGUUUUAGGACAUGUCAACAAUAUAUUAAUCUCUGCAGUGCUGCCAACAGCAUUCCGGGUGGCCAAGAAAAGGGCCCCCAAAGUUCUUGGCACUACCCUCGUGGUUGGUUUGCUUGCAGGAAUGGGAUAUUUUGCUUUUAUGCUUUUCAGAAAGAGACUUGGCAGCAUGAUAUUAGCACUUAGACCCAGACCAAAUUAUUUCUAGGCUUGUAGAGAUCUAGUGGUGGCGACUCAUCCAACCAUUCAACUUGACUCUUGUAUACUCUUCCAGGCCCAGUGAAGAAUGACCCUGGGCAAUUAGUAAAAAGUAUAAUUUACUUUACUCUUUGGGUACUUUUGUGGAGAGAGGAGGUAAUGAAAAUGUUUUUGUGGGCUGGUAACUUUGAGAUUACUUACUUGCAAAUCUGAACUAAUCCAUCCUUAAGACAUGUGCAAGGUCAAGAUAUGUAAAUGCCGAUAGAGAAUUAACCUUUAACUCAGAAUGCAAGUUCAAGUUCUGAAUUAUUUUUUGGGAGGAGGUUCUUACUAGGAGCAGACAGUAAUAAUCUGUGCUUGCCCAUAGCUCUUCAUCUGAGGUGAUCUGGAUGUUUUGAGUGUAGAGCAGUUAACAGCAUUUUCCACUGAAAUUCAGAAAUCAUCUUUGUUUUACAGGCUGGGUUCAGACAGCAGCAGGGCACAACAGUGCUUCACAUGAUCACUGUUAGAUUCAGGCAGAAAUAAGAGAGACAAAGGGAACAGGGAGAGGGAAAAGAGGGAAAAGGAAGUCUUUAUAGUGAAGAACCGUAAAGGGCAACCUCCAGGUGCCACCAGUGCCACUCAGUGCUGCCUGUCCCCUUAGUAAACAUUAGACUUUUUGUGGCCCCUGCCCACAUAUCCUCCUGUACUUAAGACCUUGGGAAGAGCACUAGGGAGUUACUGGUGGGAGUGGGCUGGAGAAAACUCUGGGCUUUACACUAACAGUAACUUCUCUGACCUUAGUAUUAAUUUUAAAUGCAUAUGAAUCACACUCAUUGUUUUAAUAAGAUUAACUGCUUAUAUACUUGGGUAUGAAAUGACCACUAGAACGUGUCUGCCUAGCAUUUACAUGAAAAUCUUAAGUGCUAUAAAAUGGUUUCUUUCUUUUCCUCGCAGUUCCCCCAGUGGGAUGAUGCCUGUGAGAUAUCCCUCCUUUGGACUUUUGUGUCCAGUCCCUGGGGGUCUGGGCUUAGACAGCCCUUUUUAGCACGCAAAUGGAAGUCAGGUGAAUGUCUCAGCUAAUCACCAACAUGGCAUGUGGCUGGGUCGUGGAUAGUUUAAUGAUCUGGAAGGAUUAAAUAUGCCCAUUCUGUGUUUGAAGAGGCUGGUGUGUUAAAAAAAACAACAACUGUGGUCUAGACCUUGCAUCUGUUUAUUGUCAUUAACAAAGUCUUAAAAGUUUAAAGGGAAAGAGAAAGAGAAAGGUCUAGUCUUAGUCCAUGGAAAUUAAUUUUGGGAAAUGAAAUAAGUUCAUAGUGAAGUCCGCUUAUAUUCAUUUAUGUAUGUUUAAGCGUUUCGGGGGUACCUCAGUCCAUCUGGAAGGGACAAUCCCAGGGUGUCCCAUGAACAACCAUGGAAUUGCAUCAUACACAGUUUGUGCUCAGGAAAAAAUUUUCAUGGUGACAGGAAGAUACAGAUUCCCUGGAGCUGGCCUGAAGGGAGUUGGGAGAUAGUUUUAGAUCUCUGGCUGGAAGUAUGUAUAGAGAAUGAUGAGCUAAGCUUCCAGCAAACAACAAAAGCUUUUUGGAUUGCCUCAGAUUGGCUAUGCAAAACAGGCAAAGAAUGUACCGACUUUUUCAUGAACAGGAAACAGUCAUACUUAGGAAAUGACUUUUUGAUGGUAAAAUGAGUCUAUAAUUCUGUUUCAUGAAUCUGUUAUUUUAGAGAGUCUUGAAAUGGAUAUUCCUUGUUUACAAAAAUUAAUAACAACUCAGUGUAAACUCAAUACAACAAUAACUAACAGACUGGCAGCUUUUCUAGUAUCUUAAUAUUGCCCCUCAGUGCAUUGUCAUAGAGACUGGCUGGAUUUGUUUAUUGCUGGAACAUUCCAGUUCAUGUUCCUAAAAGAGCCACAAAACUGAUUAUUUAGUAAUUCAUCAUGUUUCAGAGAUCUUUAUAUAACUCUUUUAGAAGUAAGAAUUCAGACACGAAGAGAAUGAAAUUGGAUUUGUAUAAAAAUCUACAAAGGAUACUUACCUAUGUAAAGGUAGAUGAUUAAGAACAAAGAUUAGAAACCCAGUGCUGGCUUUUCUUAAAUUUAUUUUAUUACUAAAUCAGAGAAAGUCUACUGGGAAGUGUAAUUUUCUGAUAUAGUUUCAUUGGAAAUAUUCUUGUGUUAAUAUUAAAGAUGAUGCAUUCUAGUGAUUUCACUUGUUUCGUGGAUACCCUUGGUUUGGACUUAUAAAAUGUUUGGGGUCAUAAUGCCCACUAGAUGUCGCUGUUCAUACAGUAGUCUGAGAUGGCAUUUGGUUCAGCAAGCCUUCUAAAAUGGCUCAAGUGAAGAUAAACAUUAAUGACCUUAGUUUCUGAAAUAAGGGCAUCUUGAUCUGAUCAUUCAUCUGUAAAAAAGCUUGAGGCACAUGUAGUAUUGAUUUCUAAUGCUUGGGAAGGGGUAACAAUAUCACACAAUGUCAGGCUAAAGAGCUAUACUGUUAGCAAAAUAAGCACUUUUGUCAAUUUUCUUUUUCCACGAUCAUUGGUGACUGGCCAGUGUACUCCUCAGUUUCCAAAGUUUGUAUAAAUAUCGAAAUUCUAAACAUGCCUGAGGUACCAAAUUUAGGUUGACUAUGUACGUCUUAAUAUAUAAAUGCUAUUUUAUUGUUACUACCAUUACAUGCCUUUUGAAUCAAUUUCCCUUAAUUGCACAUAGUUGUAAAUGUUUGCUUGAUUUUUAGUGAUUAUUGAUAUUGACACUAGAGUUGUAUAUAUUUUGGUGUUGUUGAAUGUGAUAGAUCAAGAUACUAUUCUGCCUGUAAGAUCAAUAAAAGUAACUGGAUAAUCAA